AUGCAAAGCAGUUCACCAGGACGAUCGCCUAAUUGCGGUUCAGAUGACUUGGGGUUGAAUCUCAGCACAAGUCAUCAAGUUCAUACAGAGCUACCGGAACGUCAUAGACCAACGAACCGCGAAGAGCCUAAGAUUGCCAUCAUCUGCGCACUACCGUUAGAAUUCGACGCCAUAUGUUUAGCUUUUGACGAAUUCUGGGACGAAGAUGGAGAUCCGUAUGGAACAGCGCCCGGUGAUGCCAACACGUAUACAACUGGUCGAAUCGGAGACCAGAAUGUUGUUUUGGCUCUCCUCCAACGGAUGGGGAAGACCAGUGCAGCAUCUGCAGUAGCCAGUAUGAAGCUGAGCUAUACAGGGCUGCGGCAAGCCUUUCUCGUCGGUAUAUGCGGCGGUGUCCCCCGAACUCAGAACGGAUCCGACAUUAUGUUGGGAGAUGUGAUCAUAAGUAGGACAAUUAUCCAAUACGAUUUUGGCAAGCGAUAUCCUGACCAGUUUAUCCGAAAGCAAACAACCAUGGAGGCGCAGAGCAAUGAUUUUCGGGGGCUUGCGGUCAUGGCCGAGACAAUGCGAGGCCGGAACAAGCUCCGUCAAGCAGCAUUCAAGUUACUAAACCGGUUGCAAGACAAUGCUAAUGGAGGUGGUUGUGGAACAAAAUAUGCGUUUCCUGGGCUUGCAAGAGAUAAGCUUUUUGAGCCAAACUAUCGACAUAAACACCAUGAAUCGCCUAGCUGUGUAUGCAAGGAGUGUCGUGAUAUGACGUCUCCGCAAUUCUCUACAUCAAAAGGGGCGCAGAUGCUGGCAAUACAUGUCGGGUCCAUUGCUUCAGGAGACACAGUCAUGAAGUCUGGAAUGGAUCGGGAUAAAAUUGCCCAGAAAGAAGGAAUCAUCGCAUUUGAAAUGGAGGCAGCUGGAAUCUGGGAUGAAAUCCCAUGUCUUGUCAUCAAAGGUGUGAGCGAUUAUGCUGAUAGCCACAAACAUAGCGAAUGGCAAGAUUUUGCAGCGGCCACAGCGGCAGCUACCACAACUGCUCUUCUCAUGGCCUACUCAGAGAAACGAAGAGCCCGUCUUGGUCAAUUUUCUUACUGUUAA